AUGGCCGCGUCCUCGGGGGCCGGGGCCGCGCCGGUGUCGCCGCCGCCGCCGUCCGCCGCCUUGCGCUUGCGGGCGCUCGCGUCGGCCGCCUCCCUCGCCAGCUUCGCGUGCGGGGUUGUGGACGGAGUUCUUGAGCCCUUUAAGAUUCGUUACCAUGGUAAAAUGCGUGACAUGCCGUAUGACGAGCCCCGGGAGGACGGCGGUGACGGCGCCGGCGAUCAGAUCCAGUUCUCCUCGGCGGCGGUGGCCAUGUGGUCGACGGCGGCGUCGUGCUGGGCGCGCCACCACAUACGCCUCCUUCUCCCGGCUCUCUUCCUCGCCCCCGCCCUCUUCUUCCUCCUCGCCUCCCCGCGCUCCUCCCCGUCCUUCUUCGCCCUACCCGCCUCCAGGGAGCGUUCGCCCCUGGGGUCGCGGCUCAUAUGGGCGCAGCGGCGGGUGGCGGAGUGGCGGCCGUGCGGGUGGUGGCGGACGGCAGUGCCCGCACUGCCGACGAGGAACGGGUACAUCCGGAUAGAUUGCUACGGCGGGCUCAACCAGCUGCGGCGCGACCUAUGCGAUGGGAUUGCGGUUGCGCGUCUUCUGAACGCGACCAUGGUUCUGCCCAAGUUCCAGGUUGCUGCAUACUGGAAUGAGUCUAGUGGUUUUGCAGAUGUGUUUGACGUUGAUUACUUCAUUGAGCAGACCAGAGGUUAUGUGGAAGUGGUGAAGGAGAUGCCUGAGGAGAUAUCACUGAAAGAGCCCGUUAACGUUGAUUGCCGAAAACGGAAAGGGCAUUUUGAUUAUGUCGAAACAGUGCUCCCGGCUCUUUUGGAGCAUCGCUAUAUUUCUCUGACACCUGCCGUGAGCCAAAGAAAAGAUAGAUAUCCAUCAUAUGCGAAAGCUUCUUACUGCCAAGGUUGCUACAAUGCACUCCGGCUGAACAAGAAGGUGGAAGCCAAAGCUAUUGAGCUUCUUGAAGCCAUACCAAAACCUUUCUUAUCCCUUCACCUUAGAUUUGAACCAGAUAUGGUUGCCUACAGUCGAUGUGAAUACAGUGGCCUUUCCUCCAAAUCAAUGGAAGCAAUUGAAGCUGCACGUGGGCAAGAUAAGAAUGUACUGAUUGGUGAUGCUGCUCGUCUGUGGAGGAACCGUGGAAAGUGCCCUCUAACACCAAGUGAAACAGCCUUUAUCCUCCAAGCACUAGGAAUUCCUACACAUACAAACAUUUAUUUAGCUGCUGGCGAUGGGCUAAUGGAACUAGAUGGCUUCACUUCGGUCUACAAAAAUAUGUAUACUAAAUCGUCUCUCCUGACCCAUGAAGAUUUUGAGAGGAUGCAUGGCAAUACAAAAGCUGCUCUCGACUACUAUGUUUCAGUCAACAGUGACGCUUACGUUGCCACGUUCUUUGGAAAUAUGGAUAAGAUGGUAACUGCAAUGAGAACAGUGCAAGGGUUACAGAAGACUUUGAUAUUGAGUAGGAGGGCCUUUGCAAACUACACGGCUGCUGGACUGGCAGAGGACCAACUAGCUAAUGCCAUGUGGGAUGCUCAUCGACGAGACUAUAUCAUGGGGAGGGGAUCAGCUCUGCCCGAGCAUUGCUUCUGUGAGUUCAAGUUGACUUCGCAAGCUGACGAGUGUCUUGGUUCAAAGCGCUACUGUCACUCAUACAGGGAUGCAUCAUGGAUACUUUUUUCGGUCAUCCGUGAAGCGGCGGCGCAAGCGACGACGAGCUACGCGGAUUAUGAGUUCGCCGUCAUGGUGGCGGCGCUCACGCACGUCAUCAGCUCCGGGCGGCCGGCGACCAUCACCGGUGGUGCAACCGUGUCCGGGCAGCAAGCAGUGGCGCGCCAACACAGCGGUCCUCAGGACGGGGCGUCGACUUCGUCUACAUCGUCCGAGCAGCAUCAGCAGAUUGCCGUCGAGCGUCCACGGUACCGCGGCGUGCGCCAGCGGCCGUGGGGCAAGUGGGCGGCGGAGAUCCGCGACCCCGUGAAGGCAGCGCGGGUGUGGCUGGGCACCUUCGACACGGCCCAGGACGCCGCCCGUGCCUACGACGCCGCUGCGCUCCGCUUCAAGGGUGCCAAGGCCAAGCUCAACUUCCCCAGGGCCGGUGGUGUAGCUGUACACGCCGGCACACCACCCCGCCAUACCACCGGACAGUUGGUACGUGCACAGCCCGGGCCGGCACGAGGCGCGGCAUUGCCGUUGACGCUGCCCCCGCAGCAGCGGCCACCCAUGGUGGUCGUCCAUCCGCAGAGCAACACCCCGGCGGCAGCUCGGGAGGAGUUCCCGGACCUCCUUCAGUACGCGCACAUACUGCAGAGCGGCGACGUGGACCUGCGGGCUGUUGCGGCUGGCAGGUUAACGCCAGGGCAGUCGUCGUCCUCGACGCCGGUGCGCCACUCGGGGUCGCCGCCGCCUCCGCAGGAGGAUCGGUCACAAGGCGAGGGAAGUGCAGGCCCGUAA